AUGAAGUGGCUUGCUGCUGGUCUUGCUUUCGCCUCUUUGGCUGCUGCUGUGCCCCUGACUGGUGGGCGCGCUCCUACACCUUUAAACGUCGAGCUUGAGCUGCAGGGCAACUCGAAAGUCAAGGCUGUCGUUACGAAUAAUGGUAGCCGAAACUUGAAGCUCCUUAAAUUGGGGACAUUUCUUGAUGAAGCUCCUGUUGAGAGGGCCCAGGUUUACUCUGCUAGUGACUUUAGUGCUACUGCUGGUAAGACUCCCAGGGGUACUGGGUUCGAUGAUGUUGGGUGUCAAACAUAUACUAACACCAAAACAGUAAAACAGCCUGUUCCUUUUGACGGCGUUUACCUAUCUAUCGACACCUCUUUGCUUGACGACACCUCCUUCGAAACCAUUCCUGCUGGCGGAUCUUACGAAACGAGUUUUGACAUUGCCGAAUUUCACGACCUUUCCGCUGGCGGCAAGUUCAGCGUCCUAUCAUCUGGCGUCCUAUCCUACGCCGAGGAAAACACAACCGAGCUGGUGGGCUCCAUACCAUUCUACUCCAACCAAAUCGAUGCCGAAGUAGACGGCACCCAGGCCUUUUCCGUCCGCACCGCCUUCCACAGCAAGCGCGCGCAGGUCCAGAGCGACUGCAACGGUGAUAGGUUUGCAGUGACCCAAGCAGCUCUGGCACAAUGCGUUAGCCAAGCCGCGGCCGCGCAACAAGCAGCCGCCAACGGGCCCGCCGACAAGAUGGACGAGUACUUUAAGAGAUCCGACGCGGCGACGCGAGCCACGGUGGCCGACGUGUUCGCCAAGAUCACGGCGGCGUGCGGGACCAUCGAUUCCGGGGAGAUGCGCUACUACUGCAGCGACGUGUACGGCGCGUGCAAGAAUGGUGUUCUCGCGUAUACUGUCCCCAACGGUAACUACAUGUCAUACUGUGACUUGUACUUUGACCGGUUGCCGGCUACGACGACGAAUUGUCAUGGGCAGGAUAAGGGUAAUACCAACUUGCAUGAGAUGACACAUUUGAACCAGAUCAAGGGCACGUCGGAUUUCGGCGGUUACGGAUACAGUUUUCUGAGAAGUUUGACGGCUGAGCAGAACAUUAAUCAUGCUGACACGUACGCUCUGUUUGCGCAGGCUGUUUCCAUGAGUUGUUGAUUGGAGGUCUCGAUGUUAUUUAGUACGAUUAGUAAUUGACUGGAUCACAUACCGUGAGCCCGAUCGGCGUUACAUACAGCUUCAGAGUGAUAUUUAUGAUGACCGAUCAGACGUACAAUGCUUUGAUCAUUCGUAAAUCCACUCUUGAACAAAGAAAAGUUAAACACUUCGUAAGUGGACUCGCACUGAAAGAGGAAGCAAGGGUAUCCUCGCGACCACAGCGUAGGCGAGUAUUCGGCCAACAACUGAGACAAAUGGACCGUGAGGAAGCGCUACCAUGGGACGGCCGUUAUUAUAUCAAAAGGUGGAACAGAGUAAAUAAACUGAGUUGGCAUCGCAUGCAGGGCAGUUGGAGACUAACAGUGGGUGGGCCAAGGCACAAGAAGGGUAGGACGAGC